UCAAUUUUUUGAUUCAAGCUCAUUUACAAAUAUUUAUUGUGCAAUAAAAAUAUUUGAAAACAAAUAUUAAAAUGGUAUUUACUGCACGAAAUGAAGAACGCGCUUUCAUAAUCGAAUGCCUAAAAGUAUACAAAUCUUUACCUGCGUUAUGGGACUCCAAAUCACCGGAAUAUCGAAAGAAAGUUCAGAAAGAUGAAGCUUAUGAAGUUUUAGUGGACAAAUUCCGAGAGAAAUAUAAAAAUAUCAAUCGCAAAGAUGUAACUAAAAAAAUAAAUACAUUGCGAACGAACUUCCGUAAAGAAUUAAAACGUUUGGCACAAGAGGGUCGCGAGGAUUCUAAGCUUUGGUAUUUUGAUGUAAUGAAAUUUCUAAAGGACCAAGCAGCUAAUAAAGAAGAAGAGAGCUUUCAAAUUUCAUACGAUGAAGGAGAGUCAUUGAAUAUAGAAAUAAUUGAACAGCCAUCAUCACCCAUUUCUGAUAAAUACGCUAAGGAAAAUCUGAGUGAAUCUUUAGUACAACUCAAUGCAGCACAAACAUCGAGUUCGGGAGUUUUAGGAGAAUAUGAACUCAAAUUGGCCGAAACUUGGGCUAUGGAGCUGCAGAAGAUGGCACCAGAACAGCAAAUAUAUGCUAAAAAAGCUAUUAAUGAUAUAAUUUAUGAGGGGCAGUUGGGAAAUUUACAUCGAGAUAGUGUGCGUAUUUCCAUGCCAAUGGCAAGACUUGUUUAAUUUUUAAAUUUAUUCAUUCUUAAUUCUAAAGACAGUUAUACUUUAUUUUCUCAUAUUUCAAGAUAUAUCAUUCCGGUAUAUCACCGCCAGGUACCAACUGUAAAUAAAUAUGUAAUGUUUUAAUAGUAAAAUAAAAUUAUAUUAUUUGAAAAUAUA